GCCAACCUAAAUACCUAAUACCCACAACUCGAGUACGACCUCUGUCCUCUGCCUCUGCCUCUCGUCGUUCACCUUACCUUUCCAACUUCCGAGUUUCGACUUUCGACCAGGAACGCGACCUCUGCCUCUCAUCUCUGCCUCGCUCGGUCGCUACACGCCUGCAACUUCUCAAACGGGACGCUCACGAUCUAUACCUAGCUCCAGCCUCCACGACACGAGUCUAUCAUCUCUGCCUAGUCUUUGUCUCUCUGAUCUCUCAUCUUGAUCUCUCAUCUUGUCGUGCCUCACUGCCUCCAAAUUGGUAACGGUCAUGGCAGGAUUGGCAAAGGAUGGAUCACAAUUUGAUAGCAGAAUGAAGGAACCUCUCGCAUGUGAUGGACAAGAUUUCAUCACCUCUAAUGAUGUGGUCAAAUCUAAUAAUGUGAACUAUUUUGACAUCAUGGAGCUUUUAAGGGACACCUUGGGUGAUAGGGUUCAUGAGCUAGCUUCUAAAUCCCAGCAAAGAGAAAUUGCUUCAUUCUGCGACAGUCUUUAUGAUAUUCAGCGGGGCCAGUCUGGAACCGAGAAAACUGCAACUUUAUGCUUGGGCAUUUUGCGGAUUCUUGAUUAUGGUUUGGUUCAAUGCCAAGUCUUGGUUUUGGCACACACCAGAGAAGUCGCACGACAGAUUGAAGAAGUAAUGCGGGAAGAAAAAUAUUUUCCCGUUGUUAAGGUUCGUGCUUGCGUUGGUGGUACAAGUGUUAGGAAGGAUCAAUGCAUUCUUCAAGCCGGUGUCCAUGUUGUUGUUGGUACUCCUGGUCGUGUGUUAGACAUGAUGCGUAGGAAGUACCUUCGCCCUGAUUAUAUCAAAAUGUUUUUGUUGGAUGAGGCUAGUGAAAGGCUUUUAACAACAGGUUACGAGGAUCAGGUUGUCGACAUUUACAGGAUGCUACCGUCAGAUAUUUCGGUUGGUUUGUUCUCUGCAAGAAUGACACCCGAGGCUCAUUUGUUUGUUGAUGAUCAUCUCCAGUGAAGAGCUCAUUUGAAGGCAUUUCUUAUCAAAUGCUGUUGGUUUUUUUCCUCUCCUCCUUAAAGCAUGGUGUUUUUGUUUUCUGGUUUAGAGACUCUGAACGAAUAAAGAUUUUAUUUAUUUUGUGAUUUGUGUGACUUGAUUGA